ACAGGCUGGUCUGGGAACCGCUCCAUCCCCACCCCUCAGUCAUAAAUAGGGCCUCGGUGGCCCAGCCAGAGGAAGAGGCCACCCUGUCUUGAGGACAAGAGCGGAAGGAUAGCAGAAGCAAGUGCCCGGUCAGAGAUGGCUCCCGCUGGCCUGAGCCUAGGAGCCGCCGUCCUUUGCCUCUUGGCCUGGGCUGGCCUGGCUGCUGGCGACCGGGUGUACGUACACCCCUUCCACCUCCUCGUCCACAGCAAGAGCAACUGUGACCAGCUGGAGAAGCCCGAUGUGGAGACACCUGCAGACCCGACUUUCACACCUGUGCCCAUUCAGGCCAAGUCAUCCCCAGUGGAUGAAGAGGCCCUGUGGGAACAGCUGGUUCGAGCCACUGAGAAGCUAGAGGCUGAAGACCGGCUGCGGGCCUCCGAGGUGGGGCUGCUGCUCAACUUCAUGGGCUUCCACGUGUACAAGACACUGAGCGAGACAUGGAGCGUGGCCAGUGGGCUUGUGUUCUCCCCAGUGGCCCUCUUCAGCACCCUGACCUCUUUCUACAUGGGGGCCUUAGACCCCACGGCCAGCAGACUACAGGCAUUCCUGGGUGUCCCUGGGGAGGGUCAGGGCUGCACCUCCCGGCUGGACGGCCGCAAGGUCCUGUCCUCCCUGCAGACCAUCCAGGGCCUUCUGGUCGCCCCGGGUGGGGCCGGCAGUCAGGCCAGGCUGCUCCUGUCCACGGUGGUUGGCCUGUUCACAGCCCCUGGCGUGCACCUGAAGCAGCCCUUUGUGCAGGGCCUCUCUUCCUUCGCCCCCAUCACUCUCCCACGCUCACUAGACUUGUCCACGGACCCAAAUCUCGCUGCUGAGAAGAUCAACAGGUUCAUGCAGGCAGCGACGGGGUGGAAUAUGGGCAGGCCCCUGGCAGCGGCCAGCCCAGACAGCACCCUGCUCUUCAACGCCUACGUCCACUUCCAAGGAAAGAUGAAGGGGUUCUCCCUGCUGCCAGGGCUCACGGAGUUCUGGGUGGACAACACCACCUCAGUGUCAGUACCCAUGCUCUCCAGCACCGGCACCUUCCACUACUGGAGAGACAGCCAGAACCAGCUCUCCAUGACCCGCGUGCCCCUGAGUGCCAACGGCUACCUGCUGCUCAUCCAGCCGCACCACACCCUCGACCUGCGAAAGGUGGAGGCCCUCAUCUUCCAGCACAACUUCCUGACCCGAAUGAAGAAUCUCUCUCCUCGGGCCAUCCACCUGACCGUGCCCCAGCUGACGCUGAAAGCAUCCUAUGACCUGCAGGACCUGCUUGCCCAGGCCAAGCUGCCUACCCUGCUGGGCGCCGAGGCAAACCUGGGCAAAAUCAGCGAUGCCAACCUUAGAGUUGGAAAGGUGCUGAACAGCGUUCUUUUUGAACUGAAAGCAGAUGGAGAGCAGGCCCCCGAGUCCGUCCCACAGCCGGCCGGGCCAGAGGCCUUGGAGGUGACCUUGAACAGCCCGUUCCUGUUGGCUGUCCUGGAGAGAAGCUCGGCAGCCCUGCACUUCCUGGGCCGCGUGUCCCGCCCGCUGAGCGCCGAGUGAGGUCGCCACCCGUGUCGGUGCACGCCCUGCUCGCUUCCACGCGUCCACCCGGAGCUGAGAGCAGCCGCUCCUCAGGAAACGCACACUGUGUGCCGUGAGCAGCCUUCGGGUGGUGGUGGUGGACGCCGGGCCUCGAGCCCAUGUUUUGCACGGGCCAUUGCUUCUGAUAGAGUUGGAACAUGUCAGCUUGACUGUGAAACCAAAAAUGGUUUCCUUUUUCACUGAGAACAAAAUUGGGCAUUAAAAUUAAAACACCCCUUUCUCAUUGCCGCAGGCUUACCUUUGGCUUAUUGACGGUGACGAUGACCUGCAAGUGGUCCCCCAAUGCCUUCCUUUCUCUGGGUUUCUGUUUUCCCUUCCCCUGAUACUUGCGGUUUCUGAAAAGCACAUUAUGAAAAAAACACAAGUGUCUGAAUGUAUGUUAAUCCGUAAUCCCUGGCUGAUUAUCCCUGUGUUACUAAUAAAUGUCUUGCAACAAUAAAAAGAAAAAUUCUUUCA